GAGGCAGACCUGGCAGGCUGCUGCUGGCCACGUCGUGAUUAUCGAGCGGGUGGUGGCGGCGGCGGUGACGGCGGCGGUCACUGCAGCCAUCCCCGCGAAGGCGCGCCCUGCGCGGCAGGCGCCGGAGCCGUCAGCGGCCCCCCCGAGGCCCUCGCAGGCCCCGUCGCGGCAGCUGGCGAUCGAGGUGGGCCAGGCCGACAGCGGCGACGGCGGCGGCGCCGAGGACGCCCCCCAGGCGCCCCGGGGCUCGGGCGCAGGCGACGAGCCCGCCCCCGGGAGACCUGCGGCCGCUGGAGGAGUUUUGCCCCGCGGCCCCACCGCAGGGCUGGGUGGGGGCAAACAGCACCUCCAGCCUGAGGGAGUGCAAGGCGGCGCCGAGGGCUGCCAGGCUGCGCUCCAGGUCGCGCCGUCGGCGCAAGAGGUGCAGCAGCAGCAGCUCGCCGCCGCAGGAGGUCAACUGAUGGCCGAGAGCGGCGAGCAGUUCGACCAGGCCUACGUGUCCUUCGGCGGCCCGAGCGGCGUCGUGAGCGGCGGCCAGUUCUACUACGAGGACCAGGCCUGCGCUUCCUUCGGCGGCCCGUGCGGCGCCGAGAUCGACGGCCAGUUCAACUACAAGGGCGGUUCCUAUCGAGACGCGGGCUCGGCCUUCGUGUCCUUCGGCGGCCCGUGCGACGUCGACACCGACGGCCAGUUCUACCACGAGGAGGCGGUGCUGCAGGAGCAGGCCGCCGACAAGCAGGGCAUCGCGUUCUUCGGCGGCCAGGGCGACGUCGAUGGCGAUGGCCGGAUCAACUACAAGGAGGCGGUGUUGCACGAGCAGCUCGCCGCCCAAGGCAUCCCCGUCUAUAGGCUGGACGCUGGCGAGAUGGAGGAUGCGGACAUGCAGCUCUCGCUCGGCGCGGAGACGAAGUUCGGCGACUUCCCCGCGAUCCCGAGCUUCCCGACCUUUGCGGAGGCGCCCAAGGCGGAGACCAAUUGGGAGGGCGUCCUGAAGGCCAACGCCGCCGUGUUCCUCAAGGAACAGCAGAUCCAGGCGGCCAGGCGUCUCGGACAGGAGCGCGUCUUCGAGAAGCUGGUCGGCUUCGAUUCGGUGGACGCCUACGUCGAGAAGCCCGCUGGCCCGCAGCACGCCUGGCUGGCCCACCAAGCGCUUGUCUGCGUCGAGCUGGUGGCGCUGGUCGAGACCUUCGGCGAGGAGUUC